AUGUCGACCGUCGCCGAUCCCGAAAAGACGGGCAACAUCGUCCGCGCCAACUCCUCCUCCGGCGGCUCGGACAAGCCAGACAACGUCGCCCGCCCCCAGACUGCCGGCUCCGACGUUGACAAUGCCUGGAAGUUCCUUCAAAGCGUAGGGCCCGUCGACGAGAAUGAGGUCAACAGCGUCAACCUGUCCGCGCUCCGCCGCAAGGUCGACUGGCGCAUCGUCCCCCUCAUGUUCUGCUGCUAUACGCUUCAGUUCCUCGACAAGGUCAUCUACAACUAUGCCGCCGUUAUGGGCCUGCCCAAGGACCUGGGCUUCAAGGGCAACGACUUUUCCAACAUUGCCACCUACCUCUUUGUCGGUCUGCUUUGCUUCGAGAUACCCAACAUCUACUUCCUCCAGGUCUUCCCCUCCGCCAAGUGGCUCGGCCUCAACGUUACUCUCUGGGGUGUCGCCACGGCUUGUGGCGCCGCUGCCCACAACGCCCAGACCUUGCUCGUCUCUCGCGUCUUCCUUGGUAUCUUUGAGGCCACCAUUGGCCCCUCUCUGAUGCUUAUUAGCAGCCAGUGGUACACCAAGUCUGAGCAGGCGCCUCGCUUCUCCUUCUGGUAUCUUGGUCUCGGUCUAGGUCAGAUCCUCGGUGGUGCCAUCUCAUACGGCUUUCAGCACAUGUCCCCCGGCGCCGAUCUUGCCGGAUGGCGAACCAUGUUUGUCACCCUCGGCUGCAUCACUGUCCUUGUCGGUCUCUGCGUCCUCUUCUUCCUGCCCGAUACUCCCAUGCAGGCGAAGUGGCUCUCCAACGUAGAGAAGCUCGCUCUUCUCAAGCACGUCUCCGUCAACCAGACUGGCAUCUCGUCCAAGAAAUUUCGCUUCAAGGAGAUUAUCGAGGGCCUCCUCGACCCCCAAAUCUGGCUCCUGCUUCUCGCCGUCGUCUUGCUCUCCGUCUCCAGCGGCGUCGUCACCACCUACUCUGCCACCCUGAUUCGCAACCUCAAGUACACGCCCAAGCAGGCCGCCCUCAUGAACAUGCCCUCUGGCGCUGUCAGCAUCUUCUUCACCCUCAUGGUUGGCUAUGGUAUCCGUCACGGCUCCCACCGCUGGGCUUGGAUCAUUGCCUGCAUCAUCCCAGCCAUCAUUGGCGGUGCGCUCAUGUCUUUCCUGCCCACCACCAACCGCUCUGGAGUCCUCGCCGGCAUUUACCUGGUCAACGCCGUCGUUGCUCCCUUGGCCAUCUUUUACAACUGGACUGUCGUCAACGUCGCUGGCGGCACCAAGCGCGCCUUUGCCUGCGCCGUCAUCUCUGGCUCCUUUUCCCUGGGCAACAUCAUUGGACCCCAGACUUUCCAGGCCAAGGACGCCCCUGAUUUCCGCCCGGCCAAGCUUGCUGUUAUGGGAACUCAAGCCGGCUGUGCUUUAAUCACUUUUCUGCUCUUUGUGUACUACGUCUGGAUGAACCGUCGCCGUGCCGACAAGACUAAGCAGAAUGAAGAGGCGUACCAGUCCCCCGAGGUGUGGGCCAACAUGACUGACAAGGAGAACCCUCACUUUGUCUACACCUACUAA